CCACACGGGGCCCUUCAGCGCUCCGGCUGAGCCAGGUAAGGAUUCUUACAUUUGAAGAUGCCACGCUACGGGACAAUCGUUGUCAUUAAAAGGAAUGGGACUGAUGGAAUUGUUUUUCCACUCACCUCAACUUCUUGUUUAUUUGGAAGGAAAACAGAAUGUGACAUCCGCAUGCGGCUGCCCUGGGUGUCCAGCGAGCACUGCAAAAUCGAGAUCAACGAGAACAAGGAGGCAGUGCUGAUUAAUUUGAGCACAGUGAACCCCACGCAGCUGAACGGGGCUUGCUUUGAGCAGCCUGUUCUCCUGAAGCAUGGAGAUGUUUUAACCAUCAUUGAUCGUUCUUUCAGGUUUGAAUAUCCUCCGCAAUCAGCUUCUAAAAAGAGGCAUUCCAGGUCUCCAAAAGAUGAAACUCUGCAGGUUCUUCAUGUUCAGCAGGUGGCAGAAGUGGAAUUAUUACACAAACAAUCUUCAGGAGCUAAAAGUCUGGAUGUCUCAGAUAAUGCUGAGUGUGAAGAAAAAAAUGCCAAUGAAAAGCAAAAAACUCCAGAGAAAAAUUCUCCUAGAGUUUUCCCUGUCAAAUUCCAAACACCCAAAUCUUCACAGAGAAUGCAUCAUCUGCUUAAAAAGCAAAAUGAAAUGUCUCCCUUUAGUAAACUCUAUGAAAAUCUGAAAAAGGAGCUGAAAGCAGAAAAUUCUCUGCGCAAGGGAACUGCAAAAGAAGAGCCUGGGAAGGUUCUGCCAGAGCCAAGUCCUCCCAUUUCAUCCCUGGGUAGUUUUUUUGAUGUGAGCAGCCUGAGUAAAAGUAAUGAAACAGACACAGUUGAAGAAUGUUACAUUGUGAGAAGAGAAAUAGAAGACAGCUCAGGGGUUAAACGGCUGUCAGGUGGAGGAAGAAUUUACAGGAGGAGUUUACCCAAGAGGCUUCAAAAUCUCAUUUCAAAGGAAGUGUUAAAAUAUACUGGUCAGAAUCUACUGCGGGAUCCUGAAAGAUUCAGGACACCAGGCAGAUCCCAAGGCACUGCAGCUACACCCAGACCCAGCAAGGAGAACCACAAGAAUUCCCAGUUUCUGGUGGAUCAGUGCUGCAUAGAAAGGAUGGAGUGUCCAAUGACGGGGAUAACGUGCAGCCCCACAAUGGCCACCCUCAGUGGUGCUGAAGGAGGUAAAGGUGUGCUGAGCACACCAACAACCAGGAGGAAGAGCCCUCGGUCUCUUUUUGUGUCACCUCCCAAAGAAAGCACUGGAAUGAAUCCUGGAAAUGCUGAUACUCCAAGGACCCCACGGCGUGGGUCAGGAAAACUGAAGUCACUUCCAGAAAUCCCAGCUGGAGCUCCAAGGGAAGAUUCAGUGUGCAGAAUUGAUAACACACAGCUGCCUUUGCCAGAAGACAAAAGCUUAAAGCAAAGACGAAGCAGCAAACAACAAACACCAACAAAACCUGUCCAAGAAGUGCUGAAAGAAAUCUGGGAUCAGGCAAACCUGCGUAACUUGAAGGUGGGAGGUUGUGAAACCCCUGCCUCUCUCUCUAAGUCCAAGAGUCCCAGAAGAAAGAGCAGGGAAAGUAAAGAAUUCUUGGACAAAAGUGCCCAUGCAGAGGCAUUGGCUUCAGAAGGGAUGUUGGCAUCUCCUGCUGCUCAGACACCUGGAAGGAAGAGGGGAAGGCCAAGGACCCCUGGAGUGUUGGGUGAAGCAGCAGUGGAGACAAACACAGCUCAGGAACAUCCCAGUUCAGGCAGAAAAGCCAGUGGAACUCCAGCAGAGCUGGCCAUGGACACGUGUCACCAAAGCCAGGGUUUGGAAGAGGCCAGUGCUGCAACACCUCGGAGACCAUCAGCCAAGAGAAGAUCUCCUGGAAGUGCUGCUGAGCUGAGAGACACUGAGCCUGCCUCAGAAACCAAAGCUGUUGGCCUCCUGCAUGGACAAGACUCAGGCAAGACAAAAAGAGUCUCUCAGAAGAGGAAAAGUGGUGAAACACUCCCUCAGACUUCAGGCAAAAGGAAGAGAGUGUCUUUUGGUGGCCAUCUGAGUCCAGAACUCUUUGAUAAAAGUUUGCCUCCCAACUCUCCCCUGAAGAAAGGAGCUCUCCCUGCCAGGCCGAGUUCACCCUAUGGAAACUCCCCUCGGGCUGUGCUCAAAAAGGCUCAGGGCUUGAAGCACUUGAUAGAUCAGGAAGAAAAAAGAUCACCCAAAAACUCCCCAGCCCAGCAGUCCCCAGGAGCCUCAUCCCUUGUCUCAGGGAAGGCAACACCCAAAAUCCCUUCAGGCUCUCCAGCCCCUUUCAGGAGAGGGCGUUUCUCCAUCUCCCAGCCCCCCACACCGUUGCCAAUUGCAGAGGAGAAGGAUGAAGACCUGCAGCCAGAGGGGAGCAGUGGUGUCCAGGGGAAAACACCAAAACCUUCUCCUGCUCCCCAAGAUGCCAAAGCCUUGGUGACAGUGACACCUGUCAGGUCAGCCAGAGGUGGCCAGCUGGGUUUGAAGGGCUCUGCCAGGAAGAGCAGAGGUGGGGCUGUGGCUGCUCUCAGUGCCAAGAGGAGAAGUGGAGCCUCCAGUGCCAAUUUAUUAGUUGCAAAAUCUUGGGCAGAAGUGGUAAAAUUGGGAGUUCCAAGACCACAGUCAAGGACUGUUAAAAAGAAUGUCUGUAAAGGAAGAGCCCUGAAGAGGAUCAACCACCCACCAAAGACUCCAGAGAAGAAGAUAAAAGAUCACUUCAGCACAGGUCAUGCAGAGUCACCUGCUACCAUAGUUGUAGGUAAAGCUUAUUCCACCAGAGUCAGGUCAGCUGGACAUGUCCCCAAAGUGGUAAAAAAUCCCAGGCUGAAGCUCAACAUGGAUAUGGAUGAAAGCUUCACAGGAAUGCCUGAAAUGCUCCAAACUCCAGAAAAUCAGGGAGAAAGAACAUUUCCUUUGGCUGCUGCUCAGAAUGCUGAUUUUACACCACCGUGGGCUGCAGGGGAUAUUUCUGACUUGCACACUCCUGAGGAAUCUGGAGAGAUGAUGGUGUCACCAUUAAAUAAUUCAGAUGCUUCAGAGCAGAAGCAAGAGACUCCAGGCAUACUCUGUUUUCUGAGAGAGGAGUCAUCUCCAUCUAUGUUUGAUGAAAUAGCCACAAAAACUCCUGAAAAAAGAAAAUCUGUGCACGAAGAUAAUGUGGAUAGUUUGGCAAUAAUUCCAGAAAAAACAACAUCUCUGGUGAAGUCAGGAAGUAAAAGAAGGACUCCAAAGCAGAAGUUGGAGCCAGUUGAGGUCAUGUCAAGCAAAAGGAUGAUUUUAAGGACCCCUGAGCAAAGGUCAGAACCAGAAGAGGUUUUGUCAGAUAUCAAGAGGCUCAUGAAGACCCCAAGGCAGAAGUCUGAGCCUGCAGAGGUUUUGUCAGGCAUCAGAGAGCUCAUGAAGACCCCAAAUGAGAAAUUGGAGCCUACAGAGGUUCUGUCAGGUAUCAGAGAGCUCAUGAGGACCCCAGAGCAGAAGGCAGAACCAGUGGAGGACCUGACUGGCAUUAAGCAGCUCCUGAGGACCCCACAGCAAGAGCUGGAACCAGUCAUAGACGAAAUAGCCUUGAAAAGGUUGCUGGACACUCCAGCAGAGGGCAGGAAAGCAGGAAAAGCUGUGCCAGGUGUGACUUCAACCAAGAAAACCCCAAAGCUGAAAUCCCAAGCCGUGGAAGACAUGGUUGGGAUCAGCCGCAUUUUCCAGACACCAAAGGACAAGGGUGAGCCUGUAGAAAACACGUUUGGAAUUAGCAGAUUAAUGAAGUCUCCUAAAGAGAAAUAUCAACCAGUUGAGGAUUUUGUGGGACUGCAAAGGCUCAUGGCAGAACCCAGGCAGAAAUCUUCUGAUUCUGAAGUGGACUAUGCUGGAAUGACUGAGAUGUUUGGCACCCCAGAGGAAAUGAAGGUAAAAAAUACUUGA